CGCUUCCGCCGCCCGCCCCGCGCGCACUUCCGGUCGCCGGAGCCCCGCCCCCCAGAGCAGCCGGGAGCGGCCCGCAGCGCCGGGCGCCGAGACGGGGCCAGGGGUUCCGGGGCCGCGGGCACCAUGCGGCCGAGGUGAAAUUCUCCGCUUGACUCUUUCUUUCCUUGGCUGCGUACGGAGCCCCUGCGCUGGCCGGCUCUCUCGCUAAGGCAGGUAGAGUGAGCUCACAAAGGGGGCCUGGGGUCCAGCUGCAGGCACCAGCAGGAAGCCCUUGGCUCGGGCCCACGCUGGCAGUGGCUGGAGAAUGAGUGGGCAGCGUGUGGAUGUCAAAGUAGUCAUGCUGGGGAAGGAGUAUGUGGGCAAGACCAGCCUGGUGGAGAGAUAUGUCCACAACCGCUUCCUCGUUGGACCCUAUCAAAACACGAUCGGGGCUGCGUUUGUGGCCAAAGUGAUGUCCGUUGGGGGCCGGACAGUAACCUUAGGGAUCUGGGACACAGCUGGGUCGGAGCGGUACGAGGCCAUGAGUCGGAUAUACUACCGAGGGGCCAGAGCUGCCAUCGUGUGUUACGAUCUCACAGAUAGCAGUAGCUUUCAGCGAGCUAAGUUCUGGGUGACCGAGCUGCAGAACUUUGAGGAGAACUGCCGGAUCUAUCUGUGUGGCACCAAGAGCGACCUGUUGGAAGAGGACAGGAAGAAUCGGAGCAUUGACUUCCAUGAUGUGCAGGAUUACGCAGAUGAGAUUAAAGCUGAGCUCUUUGAAACCUCCAGUAAGACAGGCCAGAGCGUAGAUGAGCUGUUUCAGAAGGUGGCUGAGGAUUAUGUCCAGCUCAUGGCCUUCCAGGUGAUGACAGAGGGUGAAGGUGUAGACCUGAGCCAGAAGAACAGCACCUACUUCUACAGCUGCUGCCACCACUGAGCGCACCUCCCGCUGCCAAAAUACAACCAGCCUGCUGGGGUAGCAGUUCCUGCUCUUCGGACUGUUUGUUUUCUGCCUGCUGUACGGAACGCCUGGCACCCUGGAGUACGGGAUCCCCCGUGCCUGGCUCUCCCGUCCAUGGGACUUGACAAGCAAAGCUGCUGUGGUCCUACAGGAGAGACAGGCUCUGUUCCACUUUUGGCAGGACUCUGCUGCCUUGUGACGGACACCAGGUGCCUGCACAUUAGUGAAGAGUGUUUGGAAUAGCUGCUUUCCCCAGCUGGCUCCUUGCAGCUCAGGUCAUGUGUAGCUAUGGCCAGUGUGUUCCAUGGGAUAUGUUGCCUGAUUCUUUGUAGGUUAUUUAAAUGGCUUCUAUUAAGUUAUACAAAUGUAAAUAAAGUGCAUUGUGGUCCA